UCCACGUUGAAUGGAUGCCGCGUUGCAACCGCGUGGUGAUAUGCGUUUUGUUUGUUUGUUAAAACUGUGAUAAAAGUGUUUGUUAGGUUAUUUAAGUAAAGUUUAUCAUUUUAAAUGCAAUUUUUAUACUGAUGUCAUGAUGAUUGAAUCAAGUUUUUUGUGUUCCAGUUCAUGGGACUUGGAUCUAUUUCAUGAUUUUGAGCCUGUUGCUAAGACAUUUUCAAAUAUUGAUCUUGAAUCUAUCGAGUAUGAUCUAGAAAGGGAAGAUAGUAAGCUAUCAAGUUAUUCUACUACUCCAAAUGAUUUCAGUUCUAAUUCAUCUGACUAUGAAGGUUUUAGCUUAGAUGACCUAGAUACUCUGUUGCCAAUAUCUGAUACAUUUGUGUCCCAAAUUCUUGAAGAAGAUAAUGCAAUUGGCUUCAGUGAUUUGGAAUGGUCUCCUUUUCCUGAGAGUCCAAAAAAAAAUCACACCAAAGGGAAAAGUCGGACAAACUCUUCUAAUCAAAAAAAUAAAUCUGUAGAAAUUAUUUUAUCAACAAAACCAUGGUCUAAAAUGUCAUCAAGAGAGCAAUUACAAAUGCUUCAUAACCUUUCUGAAAUUGUUACUCGUCAUAUGGGUAUUAGGGAACAGAUAGAAGUAAUAAAAAUUAUUGAUCCUUCAGCUGUUAUAUCACCUGAUGACACUGAAUUUGCAUUAGAUUGCACAAUUUUAAAUGAUGUAAAAUUGAAAAAGAUUAGAGAUUUUCUAAAGAAACAAAGGUUUCACUGUACAGAUUCAUUUAAAACUUUGGGAAAAUCUUCGCAUGUCACAGCAUCUAUAAAAUCCUCAAGUUCAUCUAAAAUGCUGUCCAGAAAAGCAUCAAACUCAUAUUCUAGAAUGAAACAAAAACAAAAGAAGCAGAAAAUACCAGCAUUUGAUGACAAGCGCAUACAGCGUAAACUUUUAAGGCAAGGCAAAAAAGAAGAACAGAGUGGAUUGUUUGUGUAUGAAAAAAUGAUUAAAAAACUUAAUAAUCCUCAGGAAGAAGAUGAGGAUGUAAAUAUAUUGGAAUAAACAAAUUUAGCUCAAUGUCUAAAAUGAGAAUCCUAUUGUAAAUUAUUACAUUUCUGAAAUUGUAGACUUCAUAUGAAAUUCGACUAUGUAUAAAAUUGAAACAACGAACUUCAUAGAAUUGUACAUUUAACAAGGAAACUAUAUUUAUAACUAGUUUUUAUAUUUUUAUAUUUGAUGUGCUCUGAUAAAUAGUUUGCUUCCUAAAAUUUAACAAAAUGAAAUUUUAGAA